GAUUGCUUCCCCCCAAACCUCACCUCAUCUCCUCCACCAUUGACCAGACGGCGGCGCUCACCUCCUCCCCCUCGGCCUCCCCCAUCGUCCUGCUGGCUUCCCCGGUUCUUUCUCGUUUUUGAUCUUAGUCACUCAUGUCUUUUGAAGUCAGCGAGGGAUCCCCUUAUUUCCUCUCGUGCUACUUCUGGUUCAUAUAUUGCAUAAAAUUCCGGGACUUCACUUGAUACAAGUGGAUCAUCUGGAGUUUUGUGCGAAUACUUCCUAUCAUGUGAAUCAGUGGUAGUUGGUUUAAUUGGCAAGACUCAAACUUCUCAUCUGAGUUCAGAAACAUUUGUUGCUUGAGUCUUUGGUGGACUGCUUUCCUUGAGUCUUGCCAAGCCUGGUUUCCCAUCAGUUGUUUCUCCUCCAGCUUUCGGUUGGACCAUUCUCUCUUCUGGUCUAAUCUCAUCAAUCUUUUGAUCCUCCCUUCAGAAUAGUUGUUUAACGUGAGCUUGUCCUACUCUGCUCACACUGCAAUCUUCUGAAGCUCUCUUCUCUGGUUCUUGUCUGUUCUCCAAGCAUUUGAGAGCUCCUCUCUCCUUAAGUUUGGUUGAUCUGUGGCCCUGAAUUCUGUCCUUUGAGGGCUAAAGCAUAUCCCUUUCUGGCCAAACUUGAUAUUUCCCUGAUUACUGGUAUUGUUAGUUGCAUAAUCUGGUGAAGCAUUUCUGGUUGUGUUUCACCUCUUGUGUUCUUCUCUUGAUACUGAGCACAAGAGACCCACUGCAGUGAUGGCUCAAGCUUGCCUGCCACCUGGCUUUCGUUUCCAUCCAACUGAUGUUGAGCUUGUUUCUUACUACUUGAAAAGGAAGAUUAUGGGGAAGAAACUUUUUGUUGAAGCUAUUUCAGAGGUUGAGCUGUACAAAUUUGCUCCUUGGGACCUUCCUGAUAAAUCCUGUCUUCAGAGCAAAGAUCUUGAGUGGUUCUUCUUUUGUCCCCGUGACAAAAAAUAUCCUAAAGGGUCUAGGACGAACCGUGCCACACCAAAUGGUUAUUGGAAAACAAGUGGAAAAGACAGAACAAUUGAGCUGAACUCUCGCAUUGUUGGGUUGAAGAAAACAUUGAUUUUUCAUGAAGGCAAGGCACCCAAAGGCAAUAGGACUGAUUGGGUGAUGUAUGAAUACAAAAUGGAAGAUGAAACUUUGGUGUCUGCUGGUUUCUCCAAGGAUGCUUAUGUACUCUGCAAGAUAUUUAAAAAGAGUGGGCUUGGCCCAAGGAUCGGCGAGCAAUAUGGGGCUCCUUUUGAUGAAAAUGAAUGGGAGAAUUUAGAUGUUGGAUCUUCUAUCUUCUCUUUUGCACCGUCCUCAGGUGUAGAUGAUCCACAGGUUGAAAGUUCUGCUUUGGCUACUGCCAUAGUUAUGCAGGAACCAUCCGCUCCUCAGCAGUCUGUUCAAUUUUCUGAACAUGUUAAUAUCUGUUCUGAUGAGGUCAAUGACGUGCCUCCUGAAAUUGAUGGAAUAUUGUUGGACGAACUGACAAAGUUUUUGGAUGAUUCUCCGAACCACGACGUAGUUUUUCCAGAGAAUUCUGGUCUCCCUCCAAUGUCUGAGCUUGAGGCUCAAGCUUUUGAGAUAAAUACUGCUGAGCUCUAUGACCAAUUGGCAGGACUUACCCAGUCAGGAGAUAUGUCUGCUGUAAAUUUCCCUGCUAGCAAUGGCGAUGUUAUUGAAAACAAUUUGCAGCAAACAAACUCUGGACUUGCUAUGGAUGAUGACUAUAUAGGGCUGGAUGAUCUGCUUGCUCCUGGGGAAACCUUCUCCUAUGAUUUUUCUGGUGAAACCUUUUCCUAUGAUCUGCCUGGUGGAAGCUUCUCCUAUGAUUUGUCUGUGCCAAACAAUCAGUUUUUGCAGUACCCACUUGAUCAAUCAACUAAUGGCAGUCACUACGGUGUUGGUGCUACUCAAUCAACUUUCGAAGCAAGUGGAUCUCUUCCACCAAUGCAGCCAAUGCCAAGCACUUUUGAUGACAUGCCUUCUGUUUCCAGACUGCUGAAUGAUGCUGUUAUCUUUGUGGUCAUUGGUGCUGAAUGAUGCUGCCGUUUCUGGUUUGGUUGCCCAUCAUUGUCUGAUGCGGCUCUUGAUGGAUCUUGGGUGUUGGUCCCUGCUGUAGAUGGUCCAACGAUGGUGUUUGUAUCAUGGCAUGGCUGCUGCUCAAUUGAAGAAGCCGGAACUUGUUGUGUCUCUGAUCACGAGCACAAUACUGGACAAGUGACCGAGCUUAGCUUACUGCUUUAUCGCAGAGAAACUGUUUUCUGCUGGUUUGGAAGAUGUCUUAUCUGGGUGGAGAUGCUGCAGUCCACCGUAGUUCAUUGUAAUAGCUACCAUGUUAGAUGCCGAGUUGUCUAUAAACCUAAUGACAACCUAGCUUAAGUCGCAUCUUCUAUCUAUUUUCUGUUAAAAAUAGUAAUGUAUUUGAACCAUCGUCAUUAUUAUAAUUAUUGUAAUCGUGCCAAUACCGUUUAUGUUUUUUUUUU